AUGGCCGGCACCCAAGAGCGCCACAAGAGCGCCCCCUCGGACGCUUCGAAACCUGACGACCUGGCCAUCCAAGAACUUUCUGCCGCACUCUCUUCCUCGGGCGGGAGCUUGCGGCUCGCCGCCAAACGUCUCGCACAGAGCGCGCAAAGGGAGCGUCUCCAAUCCCAAGAAAGCCAGGGGAGCGUGUCUAUCGACGAUGAGGCGAUCGUAGAAGAUACCCCAGAGGCGAAAGAAGAAAAGGAGAAGCGAGAGAUUAUGGAACGCGCAAAGCAGCGCAGGGCGGCACAGAUGGCCAUGUUUGCGAAUGAUCCCGAGGAAGCUGGAUAUCUUGAGCAGUAUCAGGAUCAAGAUCAGGUAGUGGAGGAUGGAGACGAGGAAGGAGAGGCGGUGGAAGAGAAUGGGCAUAUGCAAGAGAUCAUACCCGGCCUUUGGGUGGGCGAUCUUGUCGCUGCAAAUGAUCGAAAAGAGCUCGCCAAGUAUGGUAUCAAAAAUAUCGUAUCCCUCCUCCGACCCGCCCUUAUGUUCCCAGACGAGUACUCUGUCUACAAGGUCGAAAUCGACGACUCUACCGACACCGACCUCUUGAGCCACUUGCCAGGGUGCGUCAGCUGGGUCCGGACGGCGCUCGACGGCUUUGGAAUGCUCCAUGGCCAUGGCGAAGACGACGACGAAGAAGAGUACGAGGGUGCCUAUUCUGAGGAAGAGGUCAUGAAGGAGAUGGAAUCACAGCGGCCCAAAGACAUGCCCGCCGAGAUCCCUACGCCUCAUCCCGCCCCCAUUCUUAUCCACUGCCAGGCUGGAAUGUCGCGCUCUGCUUCUCUCUGUGCGGCGUACCUCAUCUCCACCUACGCACUUUCCCCGGAUCAAGCUAUCCAGCUGAUCAAAGAGAAGCGGGAGGUUAUUGAGCCCAGUGUCACGUUCAGGGGACAGUUGCAAGUGUAUUGGGAAGCGAGGGGGAAGGUGAGCUUGAAGGAAAAAGGCGUGAGGAUGUGGUACAUGGAGAGAAGCGCAGCUCAAUUCAUCAACGGCGAUGGUUCAGCACCCUCUCUCACCAACGUCGCCAAUUACUCUGGCUCGCCUUCAUCUUCCAACCCGCCCACCCCGCGUGGCUAUGCCCGUCGCAAGAUCAGGUGCAAGAUGUGCCGUCGUCUCCUCGCUGUGCGAGACCACAUGAUGCCGCACAUCCUUGACCAAGCACCUGCACCUUCCCUGCCGCCUUCGAGGCCCAGGACACCCAGUGCUGGAGAAGAGACAGAGAGGAAGCGGGGCAGUUUCUCGUUUGGUGCGGGGAUGACCUUUACGGACGUCGAAGACCCUUCGACUUCAUCUUCUGCCACCGUCCGUCCUCCACCCUUUUCAGAGAGGAGCCGUCGAGGUUCGCAGGUCAGUGAAGUGAUCAACCCGCUCACGGGUCUGCCUGGUGCCAGCCUCAGCCGACGCGGGAGUCAUGGAUCCACCGCCUCGCCUGUGGGUCUGACCUUGUACGACCGCGAUACUGGUAAGAAGGACGAGAGCGAGCCCGCUUCGCCCCAGGUCCCUCUGCCCAAAUCAAAGAGCGAGCCUUCCUCCUCUGUCCCUGUCCCCGCUCCGGUGGGUCGAGGCGGUAGGCCUUUGCAGUCGGCCGAUCAGUUGAUGGCCCGUCUACCCCCUCACCUGCUUGCGCUCAGGAUGGCCGGAGGCGGUACCGGCGCUUCCCCUGCUUCGACGCCUGGAAGCACCGCGCCCAACUCGCCCAUCCACCCUAGCCCUCCUGCCAACCCGGCUCCCAACGCUUCUACUCCUGCUAGUGCUUCGUCCAACCCUGCGCAGUCUCCAUCCAGGAGAAGGUCUCUGUUGUCGAUGACCCCCGCUGGUGCUUCUGCGGACGAAGCGUUGCCGGAGAAGGCGGGGGCAAAGGAGAGGAGAGGGAGCAAUGAUAUUCAUGGGCUCAUGGGAUACACUCCCCCGCCUAUCCUUGUCAACCCCAAAUGUUCCGGCUACUUUGUCGAGCCUUUGACUUGGAUGGAACCGACCCUCGCCUCGUCUGCUGUGGCUGGCAAGCUCGUCUGCCCGAACGAAAAGUGUGGUGUCAAGAUUGGCAACUAUGAUUGGGCGGGGGUGCAAUGUGGGUGUAAGGAGUGGGUCACGCCAGGGUUCUGCAUCAGCAGGAGCAAGGUCGAUGAAGUGUGGUAA